UGACAGCUAGAGCCUACCUAGGUAUGUAGGCAUUGUUGGCAUUUCGGUCCCUGGGCCCUGCUGCAAGGUUCCCCCUUCAGGACGAUGGAUCCUCCACGCUUCUUGUUUGCCGCGCAGUUCUGGAAUCAGGAGAUUGAGUCGGCCCGCUCAUUAGACACAGUAGCGAGAACAUUGCCAAAUGAGCCAGCUCCUCUUGGCAUCCGCCAGCCCACGAAGCUGAGCCGACCUCAGCAGCUGCUUCUCCUUCAGAAGGUCCUUGCAUGUCCUGCCACACCAUCAUUCUGUGCGGAAGUUGAGGAGGAAGGCGGUGUGGUGCUAGACAGAGUGCUUGCCUACACUGGGGGCAGAGACUGGUGGGCCACUCUGACUGGCCGGCUCCGGUUGCAGCGGCUGUGGCAGAAGCCCCAGGGAGACGCUGAAGAUGAGGACGAUAAUUUGGAGAAGUUCGUCAAGCGACCGUUCAAGGCCCUGCGGGACUUCUCAAACUACGGCCUUGCAGUCAAGGCGAGGUCUACGAUUGACGACAUUACGACCUUGAGGGGGAAUCUGGAGGUGGAGUCCUUGGAGGACCUCAAGAGGGGCAGCAACCGAGGGGGGGAUUCCGGCAACAGGAAUCUGCCUUUGCGUGGAAGGGUGACCUGCAGGCGCCAGUUGAAGGCCCACCACGUGACCCUUGAGGGGGCCCUCAACGACCGCUGCCUCGACCAGCAGUCCAACUACUGGGACGUGCCAUCCUCCCUCUCGCUAGACCUUGCCUCCGAUGGACCCCAGUCUGGGCUGCGGUACAGAGUCGGCGUUCACCAUAUAGCAUCGCCUCAACCCGGCAGCGGUUACGGGCCUUUUGAUGUGCUUCCUCCCAGCUCAGCCUACGGCACGCGGGCACAGGCGGCCGUUGCCCUCGAGAACACCGUCACCCUCUGGCGGGCGGACCCAGCGCGGCGGAGAAGAGGGGCAUCCUACAACCCCAUUGCAGCCCGGCCCCGGCUCGUCGUUUCAGGGGGUGUGGGUACGCUCGUGACCACCGAAAACGUCUGGGCCUACCUAUCGGAUGACAAGAGCUCGGUUCCAAAGAGCUUCCCAGUUUCGACGGCCCUGUUUGGCUCGUUUGGAAUCCAUGGGCAGGUGGGCGAAUUUAAGCGGGCCGUUUUUGACUACACUUCUCUGGCCCUGCGCCUGGACGUGGGCCCCUCUUCCGUCCGAGAAGCGGCCACAGCGGAAUCAGCAACGGAAGCCGGCGUGGCAGGCUCGGUUGCACGGGGAAGCUCCGGGAGGACUGUGCCUGCGCUUACAAUCAGCGCACAGCAACAGGUGAUUGGCCCGCUUCGGGCCCGAGUGGAUACCCGGCUCUCGAUGACGCAAGCGGGCACUGGCUUCCAACCGGGCAAGACGUUAGAGACUGUCUACAGCCUGGACUGCCCAGUAGGGGCGAUGGGAACGGGCAGGCUAGUGUGCUGGUACUCCCCGACGCGCAGAGAGGGGAUGGCAGAGAUUAGGUUGUUUGAGAAGGAUUGAUGAGCAUCCAUCCUUCUCACCAGGCUAUCGUGACAAAUUUUGCCCGUUCGUCUUUGAGCUGAGCUUUGCUGCUCUGAGUAAGCGACUUUCUUUUGACAAUGUUGUCGCUGAGUCGUUGUGUGGCCCCCGCAUAAUGUGUCCCUGAGUGGGCAAACACACCCAAUCCGUGGGUUCUGAGACGAGCAUCCACGAGUGUCGUUCGUGAUUAUUUUCAUGGACUGGACGUCUCUUCAUCAAUAUUGUCGCUGUUCACGAA